GUAUUUUCAUGGCGAAUUUAGCCCCUGAUUUUACGUGUGAAAAUAUCGAAAAAGCUUUACAUGAGUUAUACUACAACCCAUCUAUGUCAUGUAAAGAUACUGCUCAAAAAUGGCUCAUGAAAGCACAGCGUAGUCCACAAGCUUGGCAGUUUGCAUGGAAAUUGUUGGAAGAAGGAAAAAGCACGGAAGUGCAACAUUUUGGAGCAAGUUCUCUUGCCAGCAAGAUAAGUGGCGCAUGGAAGGACGUUGGAGAAGACGAUGUUGAGGUUUUAAAGGACAAGCUGUUUGAGCAGCUGUUUCGGUUUGCAGUUUCUUUAGAUAAAAAAAUUAUUUUGACUCGUCUUUGUGUAGCCUUUUCGGCAUUUGUGUUUAACUGUGCAAAUCAACAGUUGUGGAUCAAUGCUAUCCAUGAUGUUAUUGAAAGAGUUAAAGAAGAAACUAAAGUUAUACUGUCGAAUGAUCAGCGAUGUUUAAUUUUACUGGAAAUUCUAACUGUGCUUCCCGAAGAAUGUCACAGUGCAAAUACCGAAAAAUACAAAAAGGGAAACAUGAUGCAUGUUUUAAUCUCGGGUUUCUCUCAAGUCAUUGUUUUGCUUAAUUCUAUUUCCUAUCAGAAUAAUUCAGUACAGAUCAAAAAUAGAGUCAUUAAAUGCUUGUCGAGCUGGGUGACACUUGGUACACCUUUAAAUGAAUGUGAGGAACUUCUUAUCACUAUACUUGGUGGUAUUCAUCAAACGGAAUUAUUUGAUGCUGCUGUAGACUGUUUGCUUAAUACAUUCUGUUCACCAAGGCUUCACGAUUACCCAAACACCAUAAAGAAGCUUGUUCCUCUUGUACUGUCACUUCACCCAAUAUUUACAGAAGCAGUUGGAAAUGAGAAUUCAGAUAUGAUUCUUGGUUUAACUAAAGUGGUCUGCAGUUUGGCAGAAAACCACACAAAGUUUAUCAUUGAUAGUAUUUCAGAUCAUAAUGGUGGGUGGGGUCUUAUUUGCUUUGUUAUGGACUGUUUGGUCCUACCUCUCCAGUAUCCUACAAGUGAGAAUUCCAGCCCAAUCUCAUUUACUUUUUGGUACUCACUUCAAGAUGAAAUUCAAGGAUUGCAAGGUAAUGAAAACAUAACAAUGCAUCAGCAGCUUAGCAAUGUAUAUUUCCAGUUGGUGACACAUUUGCUUACUAAGGCCAAAUAUCCACAAGAUAACUCUCAUAAUGAAUGGACUGCAGAUGAAAAGGAGCAACACAGAAUAUAUCGAAUCGAUAUUUCGGAUACUUUAAUGUAUUUAUUGGAGAUGCUACACACUGAUGUGCUGCACUUCAUUAUGCAACAACUUCAUGCAGCAAUGGAACAGUCUGCAGCCUCAACUGAACAUUGGCAUGAUAUAGAAACUUGUUUGUUUGGAAUACAUUCAAUAGUAGAAACUCUCACAGAAACGAAUGCUCAACUGGAUUGUUUACAGUCAUUGGUCAACAUUAUACCAAAAAUCCAUGUGAAUUCACUACAACUAGCAGAUACUUUACUAUAUACAAUUGGUUCUUUGACAGAGUGGCUUCGCAACCACCCAGAAAAUCUUCAGAUUUUGAUGUCUAUUGUAUUGCCAUAUUUAAACAACAACGAGUUGUCACUUUCAACUGUUCUCACCUUGCGUAGACUGACCAGUGAAUGCUGUGAACAUUUAACUCCUUUUACCCCAAGUAUUUUGCAACAGAUUGGCACACUCCUUAUCAAAGGUGUUUUACGUAACAAUGAAGAAACCUGGCUCAUGCAAUCAGCUGGUUAUCUUCUUUCAGUGUUGCCACAAGCAGAAUGUCUUAAAUAUCUUCAAAGUUUACUUACAUUAAACUUUCACCAAUUGGAAGCAUUAAGCAAAGAUACUCAAUCUAUACCUACUAAGAACAGUAUUAUUCAUAUAUUGGAUCUUCUUGCUCAUCUUUUCUGUACUCUAGACAGACGCCAGGAAGAUGAGAAUGGUGAGAUUUUAACAACAGAAGAGCAUCCAGUUGUCAUUGUUUUACGUCAACUAACUCCAAUCAUUAAAAACAUUUUGGAACAUUGGGUGUCUGAUAUCAGUAUUAUGGAAGCUUUCUGUAAUUUAUAUGAUAAAUCUAUUCGAAAUUUAAUAAGUGGUUUUUCACCUUUGCUUGCACCCUUAUGUGAAAUGCUAACUACCAUUUUAAAAAUCUACCCCCACACUUCAGUUCUUGAUUUAGCACAACAAAUUGUGCUUGUGUUUGGUGCUGAUGUAGUCCAUAAAAAGACUGUAUCUAUGUUAAUCAGUGCAAUAGUACAAGUAGUUCUUCCAAUAUAUGGAAAGGGCGUGAUAAAAGAUCACCCAGACAUUGGGCAUAGUUUCUUGCGUUUGCUUUCAUAUACUUCUCGAAAACAGUCCGAGUUGUUUAAACUAGCAGUUUCAGCUAAUAAUCAAUUUAACAUUGUUGAUGUGUUUCACUGUGCCAGUAUUACCCUUGGAAUGUCAGAUUCGGAAUCAGCAAAAGUCGGUUCAUCAUUUUUUGUGGACGUCCUGUCAUUAUAUUCAAGCGAUAUCAACAUUCAAAAGGCAACCAGCAAGUUAGGGAGGGAUCUUGUUGCUUUGGUACUACAUGGUGUGGGUGGGAAUGCUCCGCGUACUCACAUAGACAAUUAUGCAGAUAUAUUACAAGCACUUUGCCGUCACAACAAUAAUGAUUUUUCCAAAUGGCUACAUGAACUUGCUGUCAAUUCUACUAUUUUACCAGCGGAAGUAUCUCAGACCAGAAAAGAAUACUUUUGUAAACAGCUGUUGCAAUCGUCGAAAAGUAAGAAGCGAUGUCGAGAUGUCGUAAAGGAUUUCACUUUGGUUUGCAGAGGUUUACACGGAACUGAGUAUGUGGCUGGGUAAUUAGGAACAGUUGAAGUAAUGAUUACAAAUUGAUAAAAGACUUAUACUUACAAUAAAAGCGUUUUUGUUUUUUAGUUUAGUAAAUUACUGUGUGAAUUUAAUGUGUGUAUUAUUUUUAUUAUAUGCUUUCUGAUAAUGUCACGUAUAUGACCAGUUUAAUAACUAAGUCAUUCAUUCAAUCAUGUCAAUCUCGUGCUACAAAGUGAUAAACAGGAAAUGAAUUGCAUUUCCAAUAUACGUGAUCAUACAAGUUAGUUAUUUCGACUCAGUACUGAUCACUUCAUUUUAUCAGUAACAACCUUUGUAAAUUUAUAAUCUGACACCCAAAGUAAAUAAAUUGUUGACACUUUUUUCCUAAA